AUGAAGAUCGCUCUCCAGCUUAUGCUGGUCGUCUCAGCCUUACUGACCGGACUCGUGAGUGCAUACAGUGUUGUAUACCCUGACGCAGACUGGGAGUUGCUCAAGGAGUACCACGACGAUUCUCCUGUUCACAAACGUGUUGCCAACAUUCAUGGAAUGCACUUUCCAAGAGUUCCAGGAAUCAACUACGACCGCAACCAACUCCGUGAAAUCGUGGACAAGACCGAGUUCAAGUCGAUCGAGCUCCACUACAUAGAUAUUAACGCCAAGAGCUCGUACACCAGCAACCUCAUGGCCGCUCUUGAGCUUCUGCAGCGAGCUGACGAGUUGGUGAAGCGAGUCAAGAUCUACGACGACCUGAUACCAGACGAAGAAGAAGACAUCUUCUACUACGCAUGCCUGCUCGCCGAUCGCUCAGAGGAGCUGAUUCGUCAGGUCGAGAGGGUCAUCAGCAAUGUAGAAACUAAAGGUCAGAAGGAGCCCGAGCUGAAGUACCUCAGGAACAUGAUCGAAGAGCUCAAGAAGCAGCGGAUCGCGAGAAAGGACAACGACAUGCGAGCGAAGGCGAGCGUGCCACAGACUGCACCUUCUCAUGACCAGCAGAGCAACGAAGGAGACCAGCAGGACGACAAGGUCGCAGCCGUACCGGUCCACGCGGUCUCUGGGGCUCUGGCGAUUGUUCUCUACACGAUCAUUCUCACCUUCGCGUUCUGUCCUUACCAGCGCCCCAUCCAUGACAAAUCGACGUGUUCGCAUCUGGAAUGCGUUCACGAGAUGAUGGCAGAUGCGAGGAAACACUGCAAGAAGUCCAAUCAACAGACAAACGAAACGGUCGAGAGAAUACAGCAAGCCAACCCCGAGCAGCAGGAUGAUCCUGGGCUCAAGACUACGACUCAAGCCGAACCUGAGGAUUGGAUCGUGGUCGACAAGGUAGGCUCUGAUGACGACGAACUCAUUUACGCUGGAGAAGGAGCAGGUCAGAAGCAGUGA